UACAUGUGUUUUGAAUGAUAUUUACCAGCACUAAUAAUAUUUUGUGUCUAAACCAGUAAUUUCGGUGAUUACACACUUGUUAUAGUAUCACAAAACGUGACAGAUUUACCUGACCUACUAAUAUUUAACUUAAGACACCUUGAUUUUCCCCCAGUCUUCCACCACUCAGUGACGCUGCUGUGUGGUCCACAAAUUCCCCUCAUGAACAGCUAUAUAAUGUAGCUUUCGGGGAUGGUAAAUAACGUGGACUAGGAGAGCUCUACAUCUUCAUCAUCACCAUCAUCAACACUUCUGCUGCUGUCUGCACAACUGUCAUCAACUUGUUGAAUACUUUUGAUCAAUUUAAUUUAUCUUUUUUACCUGUAAGUGUAUUGUUUCCCUCCCAUGAUGAGCAGACUCGUCCUGACGUCAUCUGCGCUGCUGCUGUUGCUGUGUGUCUGGGUCAGCUUGAGUCAAAGCAGUUCGGUGAGGUGCUGUACCAAGUAUUCAUCACAUCCUUUUCCUGUCCUCCGACUGAAAGACUUCACCCGGCAGGACCCCACCAUGACCUGCAAUUUAGAGGCUGUCAUUUUUACUACGGUGAAGAACAGACAGAUCUGUGCCAACCCUGAUGAUCUAUGGGUUCAGAACGCUAUCUUGCAUAUUCAGGGGAAAAAAGGAAGGUCAACAUAAUGUGGACAUCAUCAAAUCGUUCUAAAACUUCCUAAAUCAACAGUAAUAUAAAACACAUUGAUUAGAAUUUAUCUUUAUAAUUAGUAAAUUAAUAAAUGGUUUUGACAGCAACAAUGUGUCAUUUUGUUUUGUCUGCUAUUGUUUUAAUAAGUUUUGCAUUUCUUAUAAAGUUUACUUAGUAUUUUCCUAAUGCUUGCAAUCGGCUGCUCUGCAACAGUUUAAAACUAAUUUUCAGCAGUACACAUGGGCAAGACAAAUAUUUUAACUCCUUUGGCAGAAGUGACAACAAUGCCUUCAGUUUGAGUUAUAUAGCUUAAAAGUUUGAGAGGACACAGUCGGCAGUAGGUGGCAGUAUGUGCCCACUUGCCAGUAGACUAAACAACAGCCCCAAAAUACACAUAUAACCUUAAAGUUUUUUUUUAUUUUUUAUUUUGAAUGAUUUAUUAUUUAUUUGGUUCUUGCAAAAGCAUAAGUGUGUUGUCAUGAGCUGAGCUUUUGUCUAAUGAACUUUAGCA